CCCCCCACCGCCACCCUGAAGUUCAUUGUGGUCAUCUUGGCCGCCGGGAUGGUGGCCUUCAUCGGAGCGGUUAUCUGCAUCAUCGCGGCCGUCCACACCGGCUCCUCCAGGGCUGCCGCGGCUCAGCAGCAGCCCGCGACCGACAACCACUCGCUGUACCCGGACGCGGUGGCGCAGACUCCCGGGGGCUCCGCGGCCAGGCCCGGGUCUCUGGGCGCUCUCCAUGGUUCUGAAACACCCGAGUCGUCGGCGCCCACGUUCAACAUGGGGCUCGGUGGACCGGGGGGGGUCACCGGGCUCACCGGGCACGACCCGGCGGUGAGCAGACUCAUCUGCACGCCGAUCCCCGCCGGGGACUGCAACCCGAAAAACUUUCAGCAACAAGCGGACGACCCGUCGCUGUACGCCGGCGAGGACUGGGGCUACCUCCGCACCACCGCGGAGGAGCUCCGGCAGACCGUCCUGCAGCAGAAAGACCAGAUACUGACCGACCAGAGGACCAUCCGGGAGCUGACGGGGAAACUAUCCGAGUGCGAGAAGGGGCUGGACGGCGUGGAGAGACGCGGGAGCGCGGCGGGGCUGUGGGGCGGCACAGGCGCGGCGGAGGGGACGCACCUGGAGCGGAUCAUGGUGCGGGACAGCCCGGUGUCAGCGCCCGACGGUGCCCACCUGCUCACCGCCAGGGCUGUGGAUGAGCUGGAGCAGGCGAUCACCCAGCUCAAAGACCGCAUAGAGAAACUGGAGUCAGACAUUGGCCCGUUUCCUCACAACCAGACGGACGGUAGUAUCUCAGGAGCGCAUGAGGAAGGCGGGCUGUCUGGCGGCCAGGAGAGGUCGGCCGAUCCCGGGCACAGAGCUGGUGCCGACAGGCCCUGGAGGAUGGAAGACUUGGAGGGAGAGCUGGAGAGGAAGGUGGAGCUGCUGGAGAAGGAGAGAAAAGCCCUCAGGCUGGAAACUGAGAAACACAGACAGGAAAUCGACCAAGGCCUCAGCAAACUGCAGCACCGGAUCUCCGGACUGGAGGAAGGUGUCUCUGGACAUUCCUUCCCUGACGGCUACAGACUGUCCUUCCCCACACGGACAAACUACAUGUACGCGGUUGUGAAACACUCCAUCCCGAAGCUGCGGGCGCUCACCCUCUGCCUGUGGCUGCGGCCCACGGAGGGAGGCAUCGGGACGCCUCUGUCCUACGCCGUCCCUGAGCAGCCCAACGAACUGGUGCUGCUGCAAGGCCUGCACACCCCCACCGAGUUGCUCAUCAAUGACAAGGUGGCGCAGUUACCUCUGAACCUCACCAGAGGCAGCUGGCAGCACAUCUGUGUGAGCUGGAGCCAGAAGGGGGGAGUGUGGCAGGCGUACCAGGGGGGGAAGCUGAGGGGCGAGGGCCACGCGCUGGCCGCCGGACAUCACAUCAGGCCCGGGGGAGUCCUCAUACUGGGGCAGGAGCAGGAUUCCCUCGGUGGAGGAUUUGACUCAUCCCAGGCCCUGGUUGGAGAGCUGUCUCAGGUGGGCCUUUGGGACCGGGUCCUGUCCUCGAGCCAGGUGGCCAGCUUGGCUCGCUGCGGCAAAGUGGCCCAUGGGAGCGUUGUCCCCUGGACGGAGAACGGAGUCAGUGUUUAUGGGGGAGCCAGCAAGGACCCGGGGGAGCCGUGUGCUAAACACAGCAGGAGCUCUCAGUGACCGACAGGGAAGCGGCUUUGAGGAGAGGGAUGUGAAAGAAAGGCCUGGAUGGGGGGGUAAAGUUGUAGCCAUUUGAAAACACUAGGAUUCCAUCUGUCCAAUGUUAGCACUGCGACGCUCGAACCAACUCUGUGGCAUCGGACUGACGAGAGUUUAAAUAAUGGAAAAUGAAAAAGCAAAUAUCUACACGACACAGUAAAGGCUUUGCACAAUCCGUCAUGGAGGUCCGAUGGAGAAUUGUGCAACACAACACGACGGGAUUCCUGAUGAUCACAGCUGAUGUUUCUGUCACUUUUAAAGCAACGUGUACUUAAAGUGAGUUGAAGAAUUUACUUUUAGAUGUUUCAGAUUUAGACGAUUAUAAUUAAAAGCUUUUUGAUGGCAGAGCAGUUAUCUAGUUAUCUAAUGAGCCUAAUGCUGAAUAAACUUCGCUGACCAGCACUCGAAUGAUUAAAUAGCUAAGAAGCUUCCAUUAGCAAUAUCCUAAUUUGAAGAUUCUAAAUGACUUCCUUGCAGAGGAGGAAUAUCCCUCUGAUGUCUGCAAAGUAAAUCUGAAGCUGCCAUCAGAUGAACUUGCAACAAGCAAAAAAGGGGAGAAACACUUCUGCCCUGGUUCUGUGACAAAAUGAAGCUUGAUACUUCUCAUUUGCUUUAUCUUGUUUAGUGUAAAAAUGACAAUUCAAACACUUUCUUCAACCAGCAGAGAAAACAGGGGGUUUCUGGUCGUGCACCAAGAAAGAGUGAAGUGUAGAAUUGAUGUUUAUACACUUUUAGUUUUAAUUAAAAUCAAAAAAACAAGAUACAGCACGUUGAUUUGUGAGCUCUGAAGGUGUUUAAAGGCUAAUUAUGCUAUAGCUGUAUAACCUGGUGGCAGUAUUCAACUGGACAAGAAGGCAAAUGAGCUUUUCUUAAUGACAAUAAACUUUUGAAAAAUCAAAACUGUGCAGAAAGAAGCUGAAGCUGUAAUAAAUUCAAAGAGCUGCUCCCAGCUGUUGCAGCCCCGCGAUCUCUUGACCUCCUCCACGGCUCCCAGAAGUGGAGCCAGCUGAAAUCCCCCCAUGACCAGCAGGCGCAGACUGGAGUUAAUUAAGGGCUGUGAAAGCUUUAGAGUGGGGAGUCAAGGUAAGGUGAUGAAAAAUGUUGCAGGAAGUGGAGGGAAUGUUAAGCAGCGAGGAGCAGAUGACGAAAGAGGGAGGAAAGAGGGAGGACAGGGGGGAAAGAGGCGGACGGGAUCGAACGCUUGUUUUGGAGCGAUGCUACAUUGUUUUCACCUCUGCAUGAGUUAUUCAUAUACUUGUAAUGUCUCGCCACUGCGAUGUGUCGCUCAGCAGUUUCACAGAGGAGGACAGUGCCUCAUGAAUCAACGCCUGUAUUUUGUGUUCUCGUGCGAAGGCCUGAGCGUCUCUUUUGUUCUGUAAAUGAGCUACGGAAAACAAAUCCAAAACAAGACAUGUAAUCCCUAAGGAAAACACCUCCACUGGCAGAAUGAUGCAUUUACACGUUUCUUGACACGCCUCUGGCCCAUUUAUGUCAUUCUGCAAGGAAACGUUCGGCUUCUCUUGGAGUAAACUUUAAAUUCACGGCCUUGAAUGCAACACUCACACUUUUGCUCUCAUAAAUGAUCAUAACCCAACCACAGUUAUGAAUAUCGACUGUUUUACAGAUGCAACCGCUCAGUUAUACGUUGUUAUAACUCAACAAACUGUUAUACUUUAUGUUUGCAUCCCGUCUCAUCUAUCUUUUGUUUUAGUUUUUUUACUCCAGACACAUCCAGACACUUAUUCUCACUCGCUCUGUGACACAUGCUGUUCGGUACAGAUUGUUCAUUUCAACAUUUCCCUCUCACAGCAUAAAAAAUAAUCCUUAGUGGAAAGUGCCUGUCAGGGUGUUUGUACCCAUGUAAACAAAUCAUCAAACGCAUCCUCCCGAUGAAAAAAUUCACACUGCGAGAUAUUUUGAACUCAUUAAGCAUCAGUGUCUCUGCGGAUUCCCCCCCGUUGGUUUUGUUUUUUAGGAUUUAAGGGAUUUGACAAAACAUUUGAAAACACCGACGCGGGACUUAAAGUGUGCGGAUCUGCCGAGCUGAUGCUGAAUCAGGUCAAAAAAUCGUCUCGCGGUGCUUUGAUGAUUCGUCUGAGUCUGCAGUGUUAUGAUCAAUAUAUAUGCCUGGUGUCUGUUCAGCUCGCGUCGGAGCUUUUUGGGGCUUUUUGAUAGUCGUGCAGCAUUUUUACGUUCAUGAUUGUUGAAACUGAAGCUUUUUAACUCUAUCGGCAACGUUUGUCUUUUCUUACAUGACUAUUCAGUUUGUUUUUUUUACUGUAUGCAUCGGAAUCUGUCUAUUUUCAUGUUGUCGUUUGUAUAAAUAAUGUGCGUCCGUGUCUUGUACGGUGUUGUGUUGUUACUGAAUAUGAGUCGUGUGCAAACCUCAAAUCUUUAAUAAAGUCUUAAUUUUUAGACGUAAA